AUGUAAAUACAAAAUCAAAUUGGAGAAAUGUCUGUUUAAACAGAUCACAUUUAUCAAUGUCUAACUGAAGAAGGAAACAUUUGCACAAUUAAAAUAUAUAAGGAAGGGUCUCCUAGAAAAUUGAUAGAGAAAGAGAUAAAAAUUCAACAAUCCAUCAGUCAUCUAAAUAUUAAGAAAAUUGUGGUUAAUAUAAAUGGUUUAUUACAGAACUCAUGA